CGUUCUUCUUUCUUUCUUAGCCUGUAGUGUCUCUUAAUCAUCGGCUAUAUGAGUAACCACCCAAUAAUUUAGCUGACUGAUUUUCCUCGUUCACGGAAACAGCGAUAUUCAUGAGAAAAGAAUUACUGUCAAACGAAAAGAUGAAGCUACUGAUUUUGUUUUAUAUCAUCGGAAUCGGUAACGUUUUAUAUUGCACGGCACAUCCGGAAGCGGUAGCGCCAAUUGGAAAAAUCCGUGGCACUAUUCUAACUUCAAGGCUCGGAAAGGAGAUUUAUUCCUUCCGUGGCGUGAGAUAUGCCGAGCCUCCCACAGGAGAACGACGUUUUCAGGUUGCCACUCCAGCAGCAGAUUGGAACGAUGUUUUCGAUGCCUCCGAAGAAGGUCCUGCAUGUCCAAAUGUGGACCAUACCGACCUAAUGUCUGAAGAUUGCUUGUUUUUAAGUGUCUAUACUAAAAGACUGCCUUCGAAAAACGAAAAUGUAUCAUUGCCAGUAUUGGUAUUCUUCCAUCCAGGCAGUUUCUACCAGUCUUCCGCUCACAACUAUGGUCCCGAAUAUUUGCUGGACCAUGAUAUCGUUUUGGUUACUGUGAAUUAUCGCCUUGCCACGUUAGGUUUUAUAGCAACAGGCGAUUCACUGGCUCCAGGAAAUCUAGGUUUGAAAGAUCAGGUAAUAGCGCUUCGUUGGAUUCAAAGGAACAUCAUUGCUUUCGGAGGAGAUCCAAACUCCGUGACCAUCAGCGGCUGCAGCGUCGGAGGGCUCAGUACUUUCUUGCACUUGUUAUCACCAAUGUCCAAAAAUCUAUUUCAAAGGGCGAUCGUUAUGAGUGGCUCUCUGUUACUCACGGAACCUUAUCCAACCCACCAAAGAGAUAUCGCAGAAAAACAAGCGAAACUUUUGAAUUGUCCCAUUAACAGCACCGAAGAUAUGUUGGCUUGUCUUAGAUCAAAGCCUGUAGCAAACUUUACCAAGACUAUACCUGAAUUUUUAGAAUGGUACAAAGAUCCAACUGUGCUCUGGAAACCCGUCGUAGAACCGGAAGUUCCAGGAAUGGAACGAUUUCUACCAGCUCAACCCAUCGAUCUUAUUCAACAAGGAAAGUUUUCUCAAGUCCCAGUCAUAUUAGGAGUAACGAAAGAUGAACUUGGUGGGACGGUCGUCAUGUUCGAAAAUAUUACCAGAAACAAUGGCAAUAUAUACCGAAAUAUGGACGAGAAUUGGUAUCACGUAGCACCGAUUAGUUUCAUGUACGAACGUAACACGCCAAGAUCGAAAAAUAUUAGUACAGAAUUGCGGAAGUUUUAUUUGAAUGACGAACCACUCGGUUCGUCUAACAGAAAUGGUCUUGCUCAUCUCUAUGCGGACAGCGUAAUUAUAUUUCCACAAUAUCUUGGGGCGAAGCUAAUAGCUGAAAACUCCAAAGCUCCGGUGUAUUUUUAUAAAUUUACUUAUCAAGGCCGUUAUAGCUUUAUAAUGUGGAAUGCUAUGACACCCUAUGGCAUCGAGCAUCAAGAUGAUUUGCAAUAUUUAUACUACAUAAAGAGUAAAUUUCCAUAUUUCAAUAAAACUGCACCUGAAACUCCUAUGGUGGAAUUGUACACAUCUAUGUGGUCCAGCUUUGUACAAACUGGUCAACCCAUUCCAAAUGGUAUGAAUAUAACGUGGAACAGGUUUGAAACCGAGAAAAAUAACUACUUGGAUAUCAACUUGAAUCCUACCAUGAAGACUGGUUUCUAUCCUGAUAGAAUGCAAGAAUGGGAAAAAUUAUUUCCUCUAUCUGCUGCAUCACAGAACAAAAAAUAUUAUGGAUAUUUUCAACGACAAAUAAAGUGCGCCCCUAUGUGGGAGUUCACAAAAGAUGAUAUUUCCCAGAAAGCUGCGAGUUCUAAGAUGAGAGGCGUUUUGGUAUUUCUUGUUUGUGUCAUCGGCCUCGCUGUCGCUCAACAGUCGAUCACUGAACAACCGUUGGUCAGUGCUCCAAUUGGGAAAAUUCGUGGGUCUAUUUUGACCUCUAGGCUCGGAAAAGAAAUUUAUUCGUUCCGUGGUAUAAGAUAUGGCGAACCACCUGUUGGAUCCCAACGUUUCCAGCCUCCAAUCCCAGCGAAAGAUUGGCAAAACGUUUUCGACGCAACCGAAGAAGGACCCAGUUGCCCCCAUGCUAACGGCAUACAACAAUCAGAAGAUUGUCUGCGCCUAAACGUGUACACCACCAAACUACCCUGUAGAAACGAAGAUGUAUCGAGACCAGUAAUGAUCUUCAUACAUCCAGGUGGCUUUAAUGGUUUCUCAGGACAAAGUAUAAACUUCGGGCCACAGUAUCUGUUGGAUAAAGAUAUCGUUUUGGUUACAAUUAAUUAUCGUCUCGGGACGUUAGGUUUCUUGAAUACCGGUGACAGUGCAGCACCAGGUAAUAUGGGUCUAAAGGACCAAGUCGCAGCUUUCCAUUGGGUUCAAAGAAACAUCGCUGCUUUUGGUGGCAAUCCAAACUCCGUCACUCUAUGCGGUUAUAGUGCAGGAAGUUUCAGUAUUAUGUUGCAUUUGGUGUCUCCAAUGUCUCGCAAUCUUUUCCACAGAGCUAUCGCGAUGAGUUCUUCGGCUAUAAAACUAAAUGUUUAUUCCGGAAUAUCGCAACAUGGACAAAUGCAGCUAGCUCAAAGACAGGCACGAUUAUUGGAUUGCCCUACUGAUUCGACUAGUGCUAUGGUGCGCUGUUUCCGCUCAAAACCUGCAGAAAACUUCACAGACACAUUACGCGACUUAUAUGAUUGGCGUGGAAAUCCCAUUGUGCUCUGGUCACCAGCUGUGGAACCGGCAGUUGCUGGUGUCGAAAGGUUCCUGUCUGAACAGCCAUACGACGCGAUAAAGCAGGGAAGAUUCUACCAAGUUCCUUUAAUGAUGGGAGUUACGGAAGACGAAUUUGGAGGUAUAGCUGCUUUGUAUGAAAAUGCCACAUUAAGAGGUAAUUCUCGGUACCCUGAGUUGAACGAUAAUUGGAAUACUCUGGCUCCGAUCAUAUUUAUGUACGAACGUAAUACAUCGCGAUCGAAUUACGUUAGUAGGGAAUUACGGAAAUUCUAUUUCAACGAUCAGCCACUUAGCUCGGCUAGCUACAGAAAGCUCGGUGAUAUAUACUGUGAUUCUAUAAUUACAUACCCUAUGUACCGAGCAGCCAGAUUAUUGGCCACGCAUUCGAAAUUGCCGGUAUACUUUUAUAAAUUUGCAUUCCAAGGACGAUAUAGCUUUUAUAUGUUGAACGCUACUACACCAUAUGGUGUAUGUCAUCAGGACGAUCUGCAGUAUCUUUUCUUCAUAAAAAGCCGCUUCCCAUACUUCAACAGCGACGCACCAGAGAUCUCUAUGGUGGAAAUUUCUACCAGCAUAUGGUCAAAUUUCGCUAUAAAUGGCGAACCGAUUCCUAAACACGAUGGUCAACUGAAGAAUGUAAGGUGGGACAAAUUUGUACCCGAGCAAAACAAUUUCUUGGAGUUGAAUCUUCAUCCAUCGAUGAAAACUGAAUUCUUCCCUGAAAGAAUGCGAGAAUGGGAAAGAUUGUUUCCUGAACCAUCAGUCCGAAAGACAGUGAAACAUUAAACCCAUAAAUCUUAUGGUUGCAGUUUCACCAUGGUUUCGCUGAGUCCUAAAACUUUUUACCUUGAGAUGGAUUCUUUAUCCCGCGAGGAAGUUCGGUUACCUAAAAUUAAUGAUAUGUAGCAAUAAAUGAUAUCGUUUUUUAAGAAAUGCUAUUUGUAAACAAAAAAUUGUGGCAAGUUUUUCUUACACGACAAUGCGAAAAAUAUUUACUAGAAAUCCCACUAACUCCACUGGACACUGCAAGAUGUAUCGUUGUUAGCGCGCCCUGUUCGGUUAUUUUGGAAAAUGUGUUCAGCAAAAAAUGUAAUCCCCAAGAAGUGGAGGCGGGACACUUUUCCAGAUUCCAGUGCUUAUUAGACCAGGAUGAAAAAAAUUGGCUGUCACGCCAAAAACUUCAAGACGUCGUGUUAAUUCUAGUGUAUAAACGAUGUUUGCAUAUUUGAAAAUAUAGUAUAAAUAGCCAGGCAAGAGUGUCGUUGGAUUUACAUUAUUUAAAUUUAACCUCACUAAGUAAUACAGUCUCGAUGCAACAACGAUUACUCGAAUUGGUUUCGAUCGUUUUAGUAAGUCUGCAAAAUAAUUCUACAAGUAGUAUCUUAGGAUGAAGAUGGAAGUCGUUAAAAAAGAAAUUGUCGUACCGAUUAAAAGAUGUGUGAAUAAGAAUGGACUAUAGUGAUUUGUUCCCAUAGUCCUUGGGAUUAUAUUGAAUAUUGUGCGUCCGAGCAAAUAUGCUAAAACAGCUGUUGAGCAUCUUGGCCGAAGGAUGGAUUAGAACAUAUGCUUAGAUGACAGGACGUAACACUUAUAUUAUUGUGAAAUAUAUAUGGAUUAUAAUUAACAUUAUUUUUUAAAUAAAGAGUAUUUCUUUAAAUAUUAUAAUCAUAUACAUUUAUAAAUAUGAAGUACAAUUUUGAA